AUGAACCAGAGAGAUGUGGAGUCCAAGCUCAGGCGUAGCCAGCACGGAGACUUUAAAACUGUUGAGGCCUCUCGUCCCCCGUGGGACGACUCCACCCCCUUUCACUAUACACAGACCCCGUCUCCGGACUGGGCUUUUGGUUCCGGCGCCAACUACGUACAUGCUCUAGCCUCGACUUCCGCUGCAACCGCAAAGCACAUCUCUAUCGACCCGUAUGGCUCUGGCCGUUCGCGUUAUGAAAACUACAAGUUACUUGUCAGCGCGGUCGCUCCCCGUCCAAUCGCCUUUGUUUCUACGCGCUCCCGGGACGGAACAAGUGAAAACCUGGCUCCCAUGAGCUUUUUCCAGCUAGUUAACGUCGAUCCACCAAUCUUUGCUCUGGCCAUAACAAGCCCAUUGUCGGAUGCCAAGGAUACCUUACGCAACUUACUGGAUACUGGGGAGUGUGUCAUUAAUAUUGUCAGCGAAGGUUUUGUCGAAGCUAUGAACGCUACAAGUACAAAUGCCCCCUACGGCGUAUCCGAGUGGGAAAUCAGCGGCUUAACGCCUGUCUACGACUGUAAGACUGUUUCCGCAGCACGUGUCAAGGAAUCAGUCUUCAGUAUUGAGGGGAAAUUGGAAAGUGUUCGUGACUUUCAAAGUCGGCACAACCCCGGGACGCGGUCAGGCUCCCUAGAGCUUGUCGAAGGGACACAUUUUUGGGCCCGAGAAGAUGCUUUCAAAAACGACCGCAUUUCUUUGGAUCUCACGGUGUUGCGACCAAUAAGUCGAUUAGGAGGCAUUACAUUCGGCAGGACAACGCAACUUAUAGAGCUUCCACGGCCUGAUUUCGACAGAGACCUGGGCGGUGUCGAAGGGGUUGAGAAAUUGAAGGACCAGCGUCGAGCGCGCAGAGAGGUCUGA